CAACAAACCAAAUUACUUCUACUUCACUUUGGCUUGAGAGUCCACAUAUUGAUAAUCAUAUUAUCAAUAUCCAUUUAUUCAUGGAAUCAAUUAAACUACCAAAAUCUUUUAGUUUUUCUUCACAUUAUAAAAACCUUAGAGUAAUCUUACCAAGGCUUAGAUCAAAGUCCUCAAAUUCAAGCCAAAAUUCUCCAAAAUCACCAAAUAUAUCACGACGAAAUUCAUCGAAAGAAGACGAGUUUAGAGAAGUGUUCCGUCAUUUUGAUACCAAUAACGAUGGUAAAAUAUCGGCUUUCGAGCUAAGAGCAUAUUUUGGAUCCAUAGGAGAACAUAUGUCACAUGAAAAUGCUCAAGAAAUCAUAGACGAACUCGAUACAGACGGUGAUAGUUUCAUAGAUUUUGAAGAUUUUAAGAAAUUGUUGCUUCAAAAAGAAGGAAGUAUUGAAGAUGAUGAAUCCUUAAAGUCAGCAUUUGAGAUGUAUGAACUUGAAAAAGGUUGUGGUCGGAUUACACCUAAAAGCUUGCAGAGAGUUUUAAGUCGUUUAGGGGAUUCAAAAUCUUAUGACGAAUGUGUCAAUAUGAUCCAAGUUUAUGACACUGAUGGUAACGGGGAACUUGAUUAUCAUGAAUUUCGCCAAAUGAUGACGACUUAAUUAACAAAUAAAUUUAAGUAUAAGUAAAACAAAAAAAAUAAAGAAGACCAUGGAAUUGAGUGGCUGAGACAACAAAAUGUAAUGAAAAACUAGUGGUGAUCUUCAAGGUGGAGAACUACAAUGAAGUAAUGGCGGAUGAAUGUAAAUGAACCUUUGUAAAAAAAUUACCUAUGGGAGGCCAAAAAUUGAGGAAAUUAGGACAAAAUUCUUGAAGCAAAUUCCAUUGGAAUGAAAGUGAAAAUCAGGGUCUAUGAUUACAGACAUGUUUUUUUUUUAUUUCAACAAUGAAUCUGAUCUUAAUAAUGUUAUUUUCAGAAGAUUUUUUAUUAUUCUCUCGAUCCUUAAUGCGAAUGUUUAAAUGGUCACUAGAUUUCAAUCUCUAUGAAUAAACUUCUUUAGUAUCAAUUUGGGUGCUAUUGCUGGAACUCAAAUAUCAUGUAUUCAGUUGAAAUAAUCUUCGAUAGAUCAUUGCUCAAAUUGGUACUUCACUUAAAGUUGUUUCCACUGUAUCGACAGCAACUCUAACUUGCCAGAGGUAAGAAUUGAGGUUGACUUGCAAGAACCCCUUCCUAGAGCAGUUCGGGUCGGGUUAGAAGGCCAAGGAACAUGAUUGGAUGGUUAUAAACAAAAGCUUCACUAUGAUUAGUCCGAGCACCAGCUACCAGCGUUUAUUCGAGCCUGCAGCAUUCUGACUUCGGAGGCAAGGGUGAGUACAUGGCGUCCUGGAUUUACCUGUCUCCUUUUAUGUAUAGUUGACUAGUUUUUUUUAUUUUUUGAGACAAGUCUUUUGUUUCUGUGGUCCACUUUUGGGACUUGUACUCUUUUAUUAGACAAAUCUAUAUAUGUGACUUUCAGGUUC